CUUCGUUCAAUUCUUUCCUUGUUUAUCCCCCCCCGUUUGCGGCAUAUUCCCCGUAGCAACCCGCCCCGAAAACAAGACAAAAUGGCGUCAGCAAAGGAGAAGGCGCCGCUGCCGUUCCGCUAUACGUUCAUGGCCGGCGCCAUUGCCGGUGUAUCUGAAAUCCUGGUCAUGUACCCGCUGGAUGUCGUGAAGACAAGAGUACAGCUGCAGACCGGUAAAGGCUCCGGUGCCGAUGCGUACAGUGGCAUGCUCGACUGCUUCCAGAAGAUCAUCCGCAACGAAGGCUUCUCGAGGCUCUACCGCGGCAUUACCGCUCCCAUUCUCAUGGAGGCGCCCAAGCGCGCGACCAAGUUCGCGGCCAACGACAAAUGGGGCAAAUUCUACAAGGAUCUCUUUGGCCAGCAGACCAUGACACAGUCGCUCUCGGUCCUGACUGGUGCUUCGGCCGGCGCGACUGAGUCCUUCGUCGUGGUGCCCUUCGAGCUCGUCAAGAUCCGCCUCCAGGACAAGGCCUCGGCCGGCAAGUACAGCGGUAUGAUUGAUGUUGUCGUCAAGACGGUGCGCAACGAAGGUCUGCUGGCCAUGUACAACGGCCUCGAGUCUACUCUCUGGCGCCACAUUCUCUGGAACUCGGGCUACUUCGGCUGCAUCUUCCAGGUUCGGCAAUUGCUCCCCAAGGCGGAGACGAAGUCGGGACAAACAAUCAACGACAUCGUCGCCGGUACCAUUGGCGGCACUGUCGGCACGAUUCUGAAUACCCCCAUGGAUGUCGUGAAGAGCCGUAUCCAGAACAGCGUCAAGGUUGCCGGCCAAACACCCAAGUACAACUGGGCCUGGCCUGCCGUGGCGACGGUUGCCAAAGAGGAAGGCUUCGGGGCCCUCUACAAAGGCUUCAUCCCCAAGGUUCUCCGGCUGGGACCUGGCGGCGGCAUUCUCCUCGUCGUCUACACCGGGGUAAUGGACUUCUUCCGCAAGAUUAGGGAUGGCGAGGCGUAGGGGCCGAGUAAGGCUUUGGGGAGCGUGAAACGGGGAGAAGGGGGUUGAUUGACAGAGUUUGUAUAUACGGGGCGAAUACGAAGGGCCAAUGUGGUGUUAGAUUCUUUUGGCUAACUUCGUUUAGACUAGACCUUCUCAGGAGAGUUGUCCCGUGCUAGAUGCUGUUAUUACAAUUGUUGUACAUUGGCCGAGCUC